AUGGAUUCGGGUCCCGUGGCGAUGCAGGUGGUCUUAGCCUCCCAAGCACACGAGAUUGAGUCUUUUUUGCAUCAAGUGGAUGAAAAAGAAUCGAUGAUAAAUUCCCUGAACCAAAAGAUAGCUGUAUUGCUUGAUCAGCAAAGUCAAAUCGAAUCAGCAAAUUCUGAGUUUUCUGCUGCUAACAAGGAGCUGGAAGAAUCAAAACGAAUGUUGCAAAGUCAAGCCGACAACUUAGAGCAGCAAUUGAAAGAAGCGCAAAAUAAAAUUAUUCCAGAGUUAUCAAAUCAAGUGCAGUCGAUGGACCGAACGAUUGCCUCUCUCCAGGAGGAACGCGACCAUUUGCAACAGCAAGUGGACGAUAUGAGUUACGAUGUCCAAAGAAUCGAUGAGUUAAAAUCGCGAGUGGGCGAGCUGGAAGAGGACAAUGCUCGUCUUCUCAAGAGCAACUCCUCCUUCGAGUACGACAUCGCCCUCAUUCGCAAAGACAACGAUGCUCUGCACGUUCAAAGCGAGCAAGACGCCAGGGAGCGAGACCAGCUCCACCAAGCCAACGCCGCGCUCUCCGACCAACUAAACCAGCUUUCAGCCAACUUAUCGCAGCGCGAGCAGGACGUGAAAGCGCUCAACGACCAGGUCUCCGGCCUCUAUCUCCGCGAGCAGUCCUCCUCGCAAGAGCUUUCCAAGUGCAACGAGCUGAUCGACCAGCUUCGCGGCACGGUGCAGCACCAGCAGAGCGACCUCUCCGCCUUCCAGCAGCAGCUGAAGGACAAAGAAGCGGAGGUGGCGCAGCUGCACCAGUCGCUUCGCCAAGUCCAGGUUUCCGCGGAAAGCGCCUCGAGCCAGGUCCAGCUGCUGCAAUCCCAGCAGCUCCAAUCGCAAACCGUCGCUUCGCGCGCCGCCUAUCUUCUCCAAGCGGUCCGCGCCGCGGUCACCCCCAGCCCCGCAUCCCUCGCCUCGUUCUCCUCUGCCGAAGCGGCCGCGCAGCUGGCCGCCGAGUCGCCGGAGCGUGUCGAGGAGUCCGUCCGCGCGCUGCAGUCGUGGAGCCAGCGCGUGCAGGCGGAGAACCGGUCGCUGCAGAAGCAGCGACGUGCUGGCGCGGUGUUCGUCGCAGGAACGCGCGCUGUCGGACGCCAGUAA